AAUAAUGACAUAAGAAAAAUUUCUCCAGAAUUUGUAUAUAUUAAUUUUAAUUUUAAACAAGGAGACCCACAAAAUUAUGAAUUUGUAUCCAUUAAUUAAGCAGAAUGACAGCAACCCUUGUGCUUGUAUCCAAAAUUGAACAAGAAUCUCCCUGCUAAAACCCCACUCCAGCCCAGCGUCGAUUCGUUUGUUUACUUUUCUUUGCCCCUUCAGUCUUCUUGUGGUUGUUGGAUAUAAAGCUUUUUUCUUUCUUGGAUUUCUCUCUGCGACUGGGCUCUACGCAAAAAUUUGAGGUUAGAACUUUCGAGGUUUUUGUAGCUGGAAAAGUGGGCUCUUUCAGUUGGCUAGAAAAUUGAAAUUUAAGUUGUUUAUGUGUGGUUUCGUGUUUAAUAUGUUCCGAUUCUUCAUUUAAAGUUAUGUUACAUUUGGUUACGAAGACCUUUUUGGUGUGUUGUUCAGUGGGUUUUCGUUUUUGGUUUUUUGUAUGAAUCCUGGGUUAGGAUUUUGGUGGGUGAUUCCAUCUCCUUUCCCUUUCUGAUCGCCCAUUAACUCGAGAUACAAUUAGGGUUCUUAUCAAUUGGGUUCUUAUUGACAAAGUACGUUGGCUUUUGUUGUUAAGCUAUUUGUACUUGAUUUGUGUCGGAAGAAGGGGAAGAUAAGAAACUUUAUCUUGUGCCUGACCAAAUGGGCUCAUCUGGGUUCUUUUUGAUAUGUAUGCUUCAUUCGUUGAUAGCUCUAACAUGUGGAGCUCUGAUGAUGUUUUACACAAAUGAGGCGUCUGUGUUUGGCCAUGGCAUUGAGGUAGCUUCUAAGCUGAAAGGAUCAACACCCCAUGAUCAACUCUUGAUCCAAACCUCUGAUUCCUUUUCUGGGUUGCUCUUGUUUGCAAUUGGUUUCUUGUUGUUCAUGGUGGCAUUUGUCAAGGAUAGAGAAUUCCAAAGCUUUUUUGCAAAGGGUUGUGUGCUGAUUCACGUUGCAGUGGCUUUCUGGAGAAUUUACUUUGAGUGGAAGCUUGAAGAUCUGGCUCAUGAUUUGCCAAGGCAGGUUGUAGGAGAUAUUGCAUUGGCUCUUUCCUGGGUUUUUUUUCUUGUUUACUCAUGGAGAGAGAAGUAUGAUUAGCGACAGCACACAGUUGGCCUUACUGAACUUGAUCAUGCCCUGCCCUCUGGGGCUUCGUUUGAAUAAAUUUCAGCUGGAAUUAGUGAAGAAAGCUGAGUUUUCACAGGUGGGAUCUUUGGCGUUCUGGUGUGCAUUGUAGAGUGAAAAUAUAAAUUGGAGGCAAAGGUGGUAAGCAUAGAUAAGAUCCUGGAUUUCUGCUGCAAAAUCUUGUUUAUGAGAUCUUUAAAAUGGAGGUAAAAUGGAGAUGGCCAAUGAGAUCUGCUAUUGGCAUAUUUUCUUUCAUUUGAAGCUUUAAUUUAGCUAAUAUCAUCAAUCUCUGAACUUCCCACUAAUUCGAUCUUGUCCCUGUAUAUUUGAUGUUGAGAAAUGUGAAUUCUGAAAUUUUAUUUUUGCUGCC